GAAGCACCUCUCAGUAUGUUGCAUAUGCCGCCUAGACAACAAAAGAGCCUGGUUGGGCCUACCUACGCAGUGACCAUCGGUAUGCUGGUCAUUGGACAGAUCCAGGUCUCGGCGGUCAUGGAGAUCAAGUCCAUGAAGGAUUACCUUGCGAAGCGCUACUUUGUCAGCCUGAUCCAGUUCUUCAUCAGCUUCCUGUCCAUCCAGCUGUACGGUUUCUUCUAUCGCAUGAUUGUGGAGAAGUCAAUAUGGGUGCGCAUUCUGGCUGGCCUGUGGACGUACCAAGUGAAUACGUUGUCCAUCAUGAAGCCCGCCCAACAAGCGCCGUACUUCUGCCUCGCCAUAUCCUUGGGCGUCACCUAUAUAAUGAUGGGGCUCGGUGCGAUUUAUGGCCACGCAGCGAGGCGUCACGAGCGAGGUCUCUUUAUUUCGCGGCACAAGGUGAUCCUUUGGAGCGAAAGGCUAUUUGUGGUGACAUGCUUCGGGAUCAUUGUCAGUGCCGAAUUGAACAACGUUUACAUCGAGUUUCCCACCUUGGUCGUGUACACGCUCAUGUCUAAUGUGUUCGUCAUCAUGUUUGGCGCCUCCCUGCGAAGACCGAACUUUUAUCACCGCAACGGCCCCGGCGACUAUAUAUUAAUCGGUCAGCUCUACUAUUUGAAUUUUUUCGCUUUGUAUAUGAGUAUUGUGUGGACGACAGCGUCGUUCUUGGAAAUCAUGGAUUUUGACAUUGACAUCAAGAGAUACAUUAAGGAUUCUAACAAAAAUGCCACCGUAAAGGUGAUUAUCUUGUAAGAUCCAUGUGAAUUGCUGCUGUUAUAUUUUAUUUGCAU